CUACCUCCUCACCCAUUCUUUGUCCCUACGCCGCUGGCAUCUCAAGUGCUCUGGGCGCGGUGAGCGCGGCGCGCUGCUCGGCUCGUCGUCACCAGUCGCCAUGAACAUCCUGAGCGCCGCGGUCUGCAUCCUCGCCACGGCCGUGGCCGUGACCUCCACCCCCGUGGAGGUGGUGACCAGAAGUGGCCGCCUGGGGAUCCACAGGGGCAAGGACGCCACGAAGGGGAACCACCCUUACCAAGUGGCGCUGUUCGCCGACAACCAGUUCUUCUGCUCCGGCGCCAUCAUCAGCAUGAACUCAAUCCUCACGACGGCGAACUGCGUCGACUGGGCUCGUGGUGACAUCGAGGUUCGCGCGGGUGUCUACAAGCUGGACGACACGGACAAGGACAUCCAGACGAUGACCGCCACACCGGCCGACCGCAUCAUCCACCCGAACUUCGACCUCGAGUACCUGGACAACGACAUCGCCAUCAUCAACAACCUCAACCUCCAGAGAGUUGAAAAUGUGGUGGAGUGGGCCAAGCUGCCAACCUACGCCGAUGCCGGCAUCAACCUCACCACCGUGGUCGCCACCGUGACGGGCUGGGGCAGCGUCAACGACGACGACAAGCUCAGCAACGUGAUGCAGGUGGCCGAGAUCACCCUCGCGGACACGAGCGCAUGCGUCCCGGAGUACGGCACCGGCAUCAUCGGCACCAAGCUGUGCGCCACCACGGAGCUGGCCAGCACCUGCACGGGUGACGCGGGCGGGCCGGCCAUCAUCACGGUGCGGAGGGAGUACCGCCUGCUGGCGCUCGUGUCACACGGCAGCCAGGGCGGCUGCACCCAGGGCAAGCCCGUCGUCUUCACUCGCGUGUCGGCCUUCCUCGAGUUCAUCCAGGACAACGCGCAGGCCGUCUCCAUCAGCGACAACUAGGGCAUAAAUAUUACGACUGCUCGAUUUAUAAAUCCAAAUAGCAAAGUUAUGCCCUGUUAUUCAAUUCUUCGUAACAUGAAGACGGCUUUGUAAGCAACUAAGGGUGUGUUUUUGGUAAAUAAGUUUUCACGGUAAACCCAAGUGUUUUUGUCUGAAAAUGCGGGCAGCUUUCACUCAUCUUAAAAGCAUUGGACGUAAAUAUUUAUUCUGUUUUGAAGUAAAAUAAUAGACGGCUACAGUG